UAGGAGACGGCCGCGGGGAAGUGUGGGAGGCGGACAUGACGGUUCGAGAGGCGGAAGCAGCUGAGGCGCCGAUCCAGGGGCGGGCAAACCGAAACGCUCGCGUCUCCCCGGCCCACCGUAGCAUCCCUGCCCUCGCCUGUGUCCCCCAUGGCCCCGCAUAAAGGGCUCCAGGGACAGCAGUUGGGGAGUGGAGCGCCUGAGAGGCUAGAGCUCUGUGGGUCACGUUACAUCCGGACACUUCCGGUGCCUUAGUCUCGCGUUAUCCGUGUUCCGCUGGGACUUCCGGCCGUGCGCCCCAUCCUCGCAGUUUCUGCACAGCUGGGCCCCUGAGCGCACGAGGAGAAGCAGGUGGGGCCCGCGGCCGCUGCCGCCAUGCGGAGGCGGGAAGGAGGCAGUUCCUUAGAGCAUCGGUAUGGGUAUCCGUGGACUAAUGAGCUAUGUGGAAGAUCACAGUAAUCAAUUCUUCGUUGAUCUGAAGUUGAGGGACACCAAAAUUAUCAUUGAUGGUUAUGCACUUUUCCAUCGACUGUGUUUUGAUUCAAAUGUGGACCUCCGGCAUGGGGGAGACUAUGAUUCUUUUACUGAUGUUACGCAGAGAUUCUUUGAAUCACUCUUUGCUUGUAAAGUUCAUCCAUAUGUUGUAUUAGAUGGAGGUUGUGACGUUUCAGAUAAAAAGUUCCUCACCUUAAAAGACAGAGCCCGGGAGAAGAUCCAGGUGGCACAUUCCCUUUCUGUUGGUGGGAGAGGAAAUCUACUGCCAUUACUCAUCCGAGAAGUAUUCAUUCAAGUCUUGAACAAGCUUCAUGUAGACUUUGUCCAGUGCUUCUCAGAAGCCGACAGAGACAUUAUGACACUUGCUAACCAUUGGAAUUGUCCUGUAUUAACGAUGGAUAGUGAUUUUUGCAUUUUUGACCUGAAAGCUGGCUUUUGUCCUCUGAAUGGUUUUCAAUGGAAAAACCUGACCGUGAUUAAAGAUACACUUCACUGCUAUAUCCCUGCCAGAUGCUUCUCUGUAGAUAAGUUCUGCAGUCAUUUCAACAACAUGAAUAAAACCCUGCUGCCUCUCUUUGCUGUGCUGUGUGGUAAUGACUACAUCAGUUUGCCUGCCCUGGAUACAGUCCUCAAUAGAAUGAGUUUCACCCCUGGAACCUCCAACAUGAAAGGGAGAAAGCACCAGCGGAUUCUGGGACUCCUGAACUGGCUGUCUAAUUUUGAUGACCCUCCUGAAGCCUUAAAUACUUUUGUGAAGUACCUGAAAAUGAAUGAUAGGGAUGUGGUUAGAGAACUACUUUGUGGUUCAAUGGAGGAAUAUCAGCCAUCUCCAGUGAAGCUGCAGGAGUUCUUCCAGCUUGGCGCUUAUGUAUCUCCCUGCGCCACCAACCUGGGCUUACCUGAAUGGAUACAGCUGGCUUUGGCGAAAGGGCAACUUUCUCCUUUCGUUUGCGAUGCUUUGUCGUUACGGCGGACUAUUCUUCAUACACAGGUGGAGAACCUGCGGCGUCCAAGUGCCCACAUCGUCUCUGUGUCCAUUCGGAAAGUCAUCUAUGGGCUUCUUCAGAAUUUUUCUCCAGAUCUAAAUAAUGUAUCCCAGAGCACAGUGUCUAAACAACCAAUGGCUUUCAGUGAGGUAGAAAGAAUUGAUAAGAAUAUUGGAACAGUAGUUACCCAUGCAGUGAGGCUCUCAGAGGAAUAUCGGGAAUUAGGCAGAUUGACCGAGCUUUCUCUCUCUAAGCGUAAGAUUCUUCUGCUAGAAACCCUGAAAGUGAAAGAGGGCAUCUUGGACCCGAUUCCUGCUUCCUUGAAGCUGCCUAUCGCUGUCACUUGCUUUUGGUUGCAGUCCUUAGAAGCCAAAGUGAAACGAUAUCAUGUGCAAGCUUUACUGAUGGGAAUGCUGUGUGGGCAGUUGCACAAGAUGACCAGUGAGCCUGACAAUGAGGGAUUGCAUGUGGAUGGAGCUAAGCUGCUGUGUGACCAGUUUCUUAAAGUGAAAGAAAAUAAACUCCAAAGAAAAUUGAAUUUAGAUACAGCCCAUGUUUUCUGUCAGUGGCAGUGCUGCCUCCAGAUGGGAUUCUAUCUCAAUCAGCUUCUGUUGACACCUUUACCAGAGCCCGACCUCACAUGGCUCUACAGUGGGACUCUUGUCCAUGGACUUUCUCAAGAACUUUCUACUUCAUCCUCAGCAGAAAGUAUCUUGAGCGUGUGCCCAAGAGCAAGGCAACUUUAUAACCAGCUGUUCCAUGCCCUGAAAUCUGCUGUCCCCUCAGAAUGCCUUUCCCAGAGGGAAAAGUUAAAAGCAAAAAAGAAGAAACAGAGGAAGAAUGAUGCCAGCCAGACAAAGUACCGAGUGGGCGUCUCCCUGGGAACCAGGUCCUUAUGUGAUCAUGUCAGCAACAGUUUUGGGCUUCUCACAGUAGAUGACUCUGAGGAUUAAGGUCAGGGGUCACAGCUGGAGUAAGUCCAGAAGUGUUUUCAGUCUCAUGGAUGGUGAUUGUCCAAGUCGUUUCCUUCCAGAGAUCAAGCUUUCAGGUUUAUUCUCUAAAUCAGUCAUGCUGCAGGGAUUUCAGUACACCCAUCGCUUGGUAGUACUCAGUACAGUUCGAACUUGGGGAAGAUGUCAGUAUAAAAUAAUUACUUGAAAUCUCUUUCAUGGUCCCCUUUAGUUGGCUAAUAGUUAUAACAGAUUCUUGAACUACAGCAGCUCUGGCUGUGUGUGGGUGUAUAUAUGCAAGUAUGUACAUGUAUAGAUGGACACAUACAUACAUAUAUAUACACACACACACACACACACACACACAGAGAUUUUUUUUUUUAAGGUUUUAUAUUCUACACAUCCUGUUAAGCCCCCUGUAAUAUGUAUUUUACCCCUGAGAAUGCUACAAUGUAGCCUUGGAACUGCCACAGAUUAACUAUUACAGGGAACCAGGUAAUUGCUAUUUCUAAAAUUAUUUAUUUUUAUAAUAUUUUUUAUAUGUUUUCAUAUGCCUUUUACACUGAAAAAUAA